AUGCCUGCCAACCGAGUGGUUAAUGCCGUUGAUGGUGAUGUGAAUGGUUUUGAUGCCAAUUUAAACGUUAUAGAGCAAGAUGACGUCGAUAUGGAUGAAGGCGAAACGAAACGUAACGCUAUAACUGAUUCGUUGAUCAUCAAACCGAAAUUCCAGAUAGGUUGUGACAACAGCACUAUGUUUGUGGAAACAUCUGAUUGCCCUUCGACGAAGAGACUGUGCUGCCCAUUUUGUGACAAGCUCUACAUAAAAUUGGCAAGACAUAUGGAAAAUAAACAUAAGACUGAGGAAGACGUAAAGAAAUUUAUGUGUCUUCCUAAAGGCUCGAAAUCGCGACUGCUAAUAUUGGAUUCACUUCGUAAGACUGGACAAGACAACUGGAACAAGAGUGCUAAACUAAAUAAGGGUAAAAUGAUAACGUGUCGACGACCAAACAAAAAAUUUGGUAACAAGAGCACUCGAUUCAAAACAUGUCCGUACUGUAUUGGGCAGUACACAAGAGGAAGUCUUCGACUACACGUCCGUAAUAAUUGUCCACGAAAGCCAAUACAGAACGAAGAAGCAAAAGGCAAGCGAUUCAUCACAGCACUUGCAACAUCUGUCGAAGCACGGUAUCAUGAGAACGCUAGUGCGGGCUUACAAAAGGUGUACAAAAGAUUUCGGGAUGAUGCCCUUGUAUGGAGUUUGAAAUUUGAUUGGUUAAUUACGGUUUAUGGUAAUAAGCAAGCUGCCAAGUACACCAGGCUCAAGUCACGACCCAUGAUUAAAGGUCGGCUUAGACUGAUCGCUCGCUUCUUGCAAGAACUAAAACGAAUUGAACCAGAAGUAAAGGAUCUUGCAACACUGUAUCACCCGAAAUAUUUUGACCGUGUGGUUGAAGCAAUUCAAGCUGUUGCACGAUUCGAUGUUGAAAAAAAUGAAUAUGGCGCUCCCGCAACUGCUUCAAGUUGUGUUACACUUGUCAAACAAAUCGGGGUGAUAUUGAUUUCCGAAUACAUCAAACGAGAUGACCAGGAACUUCAACGUCUUACCGAAAAUUUUAUGACCGUGAUGAAUAUUGACAUCCACAACAUGAUCAACAAAACGGUGAACGAAAAUCAAAGCAAAAUGAGACGUCGACGAGUGGUCAACCUUCCAUCAUUAGACGAUUUGAAGAUAUUGAAUGAGUAUAUACAGUCCGAAUGCAACGUUUGUUACGAUGAACUGUCGAAAUCGUUUAAUUACAAAAAGUGGGUGUGUCUGUCCAAGCUGACGAUGAUCUCCAUUCUCAUUUUCAACAGAAAACGAGUAGGAGACAUGGAAAAUAUUACUCUUGAUGACUUUCACUACAAAGAGGAAAUGAACGAGAACACAAAUCAAGAACUUUUUGCAGCACUCUCGGACGAAUCAAAGGACCUCGCAAGACGCUACAGUCGAAUGAGAGUACGCGGAAAAUUAAACCGAACAGUGCCGGUGCUUCUAAAUCAGACUAUGAAGAAAUGUCUCGAGCUCCUUGUUUCACAUCGCGAAGACGCAUUGAUCGAUACUAAAAAUGAUCAUCUGUUCGCACUUCAACCCUCACCCAUCGAAGAUAUCAACUACAUAAAUGCCGGUACCACUUUGAAGAAGUUUGUUGAACUUAGUGGAGUCAAAAAUCCGUCAAGUAUAAAUGCCACUAACAUGCGGAAACAACUCGCGACAAUGUGCGUUUCGCUGAAACUCGACGAUGGGGAGGUUGCAGAUGUAGCAGAUUUUAUGGGCCACGCCGAGUUAGUCCAUCGUAACAGCUAUCGGCAAAACACCAUUGAUAGACAAGUGGUCAAAAUGUCGCAGUGGUUGGAAGCUGCAUUGGGUAACGAGACAUCAAUUGACACUGAACAACGAAAAACAGAUGAUGAAAGUCUCCAAAAAGCCAGCAAACUAUUGCAAUUAUUGGACGCUGCUUUAGGUGACGAAGAAAGCUGUGACGAUAACGUUUGUUCUUCAGAGUCCUCAGGUCCUGCCCAAAAUGUGACAAUGAAAUCUAAGGUUCCUGCAGCAGCCGCACCUAAGCGUAAACCGCCAGCAGUUCCUACAAAAAAAUCGAAGCGAGUUACUGGAAGAAAUCGGAAAGCGUGA